AGGAGAAGCUCUGCUAUGUCGCCCUGGACUUCGAACAGGAAAUGGCCACCGCUGCGGCCAGCACCUCCCUCGAGAAGAGCUACGAGUUGCCCGAUGGUCAGGUCAUCACCAUCGGUAACGAGAGGUUCCGUUGCCCUGAAGCUCUCUUCCAGCCUUCCUUCCUGGGUAUGGAAUCCUGUGGUAUCCACGAGACUGUCUACAACUCCAUCAUGAAGUGCGACGUCGACAUUCGCAAGGAUCUCUAUGCUAACACCGUCCUCUCCGGUGGUACCACCAUGUAUCCCGGUAUCGCCGAUCGUAUGCAGAAGGAGAUCACCGCUCUCGCGCCUUCUACCAUCAAGAUC